AGUUAGAGCACAACGCAAACACCUCCAGUCUCUAUACAGAGCUACCCGUUGAACUCGCCAUUCCCCAGUCACGCCUGCUGCUUCUACGGGUUGAACGCCUGCUCUCGUCAGGCCUUCCACAGCACAACGUGACGCCUGAUCUCAGACAGAUUGCCCAGCGCCCAUUGCCUUUUAUAUCAGCAACACCGUCAUGGCUCAACCCCUAGAGGGUACUACGAAGUCUUUUGAAGCUGUUGGGUUCAGUUUCUUUACAGAUGAAGAGGUUCGAAAGCAUAGUGUUGUUAAGAUUACAAAUCCAAUUUUGCUUGAUAGUAUGGACAGACCGGUGCCUGGUGGAUUGUAUGAUCCAAAAUUGGGCCCACUAGCUGAAAGGAUGCAUUGCAAGACAUGCGAGCAGCUUUCAUUGCUUUGCCCAGGCCAUUUUGGUCACAUUGACCUUGUUUCACCAGUCUAUAAUCCGUUGCUCUUCAAUAUUCUCCACAGUCUUCUUCAGAGUACUUGUUUCUUUUGUCACCAUUUCCGGGCAAGCAGAAGCCAGGUUGAGACAUGUGUUUCUCAAUUGGAACUCAUUGUGAAAGGGGACGUUGUUGGGGCCAAAAGGUUGGGCUCGAAUACAUUGAGUGAAACCUCAUAUCCAGAUGACAUCGAUGCGAGCCAGUAUAGUGAUAAGGCACAUUUAUGUAAGCAAGGAUGGACCUCUCUUCAGUUUACUGAGGCAAUGUCUGCUUUGAGAAAAUUGCUGAAGCCAAGAUCUGGGGUUUGUAAGAACUGUGAGGCCAGAAAUCCUAAAAUCAGUAAACCUACUUUUGGAUGGUUUUAUAUGAGUGGUAUGUCAGGUGGCAAUGCUAGACGGAAUGCGAUUCAAGGGUGCAAGGUGGGAAGGUCAUUAACUGGUGGAACUAAUGGAAAUACUUUGCUUGAGGUGCAAAACACCAAUGAUAUGACUCCCUUGGGGGAUGUUGUUGAUACUGCUGAAACAGAAACCUCCAGUGCUACCUCUUCUGGAGCUCAAGAUAGUCCGACAAGAAGGCAUAGAAGAAAAGGAGGGGAAGUGCCUCUUGAGUUCUUUAAGCAGAAGGGUUUAUUUUCGGGACCUCUAUUACCAUCAGAGGUUAAAGAAAUUGUGAAGCUUCUUUGGGAAAAUGAGAGACAGCUCUGCUCAUUUAUCAGUGAUAUACAGCAGCAGGGACUUCAAAGGAAAGAUGCUUACUCUAUGUUCUUCUUAGAGACUAUUCUUGUACCUCCAACCAAAUUCCGCCCCCCAUCCAAGGGAGGUGAUUCGGUUUCAGUAAUUGAGCAUUCUCAAACUAUUUUGUUGGAGAAGGUGCUACAGUCCAAUAUUUCAUUGGGAAAUGCGCAUGUUAACAACUUAGAAUACUCAAAGAUUGUACGGCUGUGGAUGGACCUCCAGCAAUCUAUAAAUGUGUUGUUUGAUAGCAAAACUGCUACAGGUCAAGGUCGAAGAGAUGUAACUUCAGGAAUUUGUCAGUUACUGGAAAAGAAGGAAGGCAUGUUCCGCCAGAAAAUGAUGGGAAAGAGGGUUAAUUAUGCUUGCCGCUCUGUCAUAUCCCCAGAUCCCUAUUUAGCUGUAAAUGAAAUAGGAAUUCCUCCAUACUUUGCACUAAGAUUAACCUAUCCCGAGAGGGUGACUCCUUGGAAUGUUGAGAAGUUGAGGAAGGCUGUCAUCAAUGGUCCCGAUAUCCAUCCUGGAGCUACACACUACAUUGAUAAGCUAAUACCGGCAGGCCAAAGCCAAAAAGAGCGUGAUCGCCGCACAUCAAUAUCAAGAAAAGUACCAUCCUCUCAAGGUCUUCUCACGCAACAUGGGAAAGGCUGCGAUUAUGAAUUUGAAGGCAAAUUUGUACGUCGCCACUUGCAAGAUGGGGAUAUUGUUCUUGUAAACAGACAGCCAACUCUUCACAAGCCCAGUAUAAUGGCACAUGUAGUUCGUGUGUUAAAAGGGGAAAAAACAAUUCGUAUGCACUAUGCAAACUGCAGUACAUAUAAUGCUGAUUUUGAUGGUGAUGAAAUGAAUGUACAUUUCCCUCAAGAUGAAAUUUCUCGUUCUGAAGCUUACAACAUUGUAAAUGCAAAUAAUCAAUAUGUCAAGCCCACAAGUGGUGAGCCCAUUAGAUCCUUGAUUCAGGAUCAUAUCAUUAGCGCUGUGCUUCUUACGAAGAAGGAUACUUUUUUUAAUCGUGAUCAGUUCAACCAGCUUCUUUAUUGUGCUGGCCUCUCCGCAUCUAGUCCAGUUCCUUUUUUUGGAAAAUUUGGCCAGAAAGUUUGCAUAUUAAACUCUGAAGAUGAGAUGAAACCCCUUCUGCCAGCAAUAUGGAAACCAGAGCCUCUUUGGACUGGGAAACAGGUCAUUAGCGCCUUGCUAAAUCAUAUUACCAAAGGUCUCCCGCCAUUUUCUGUUGAAAAAGAUGCAAAACUCCCUCGUGAUUUUUUCAAGAGUAGAAGUGAUGAAGAUGAACUGGACAAAGAGAAACUAAGGGGACGGAGAAAGGUUGAUGAAGAUGCUUCAAAGAGAAAGGAGCCUGAUGAAGAUAAAUUGUUGAUAUAUAAGAAUGACUUGGUGCGUGGUGUGAUUGACAAGGCCCAGUUUGGUGAAUAUGGUUUGGUUCAUAUGGUGCAUGAGCUCUAUGGCUCAAAUACUGCAGGCAUCCUGCUUUCUGCGUUGAGUCGUUUAUUGACGAACUUUUUGCAGAUGCAUGCGGCCACAUGUGGAGUAGACGAUCUUUUGCUGAUGUCGAAAAAAGACUAUGAGAGGGAAAAAAAUCUUCAAGAUUGUGAGAAAGUUGGUGAAGAUGUUCAUCUUUUGUUUGUUAAUGGCAAGGGUGGUGAUGAAAUAGCAGAUGCAGAUGUUCUGCGAGUGAAUAUUGAAAAAAAGAUACGUAGUAAUGGAGAAUCGGCCGUAACAGACUUGGAUAGGAAGAUGAUAAGUAGACUUAAUGAGGAAUUAAGCAAGAACUUCUUCAAGGAGCUGUUGUCCAAAGGGUUAUAUAAACCCUCUGGAAAGAACUGUAUUUCUCUCAUGACUACAUCUGGGGCUAAGGGUGCUACAGUCAAUUUCCAGCAAAUAUCUUCUCAUUUAGGCCAACAAGAGUUAGAAGGCAAACGAGUCCCUCGGAUGGUUUCUGGAAAGACUUUACCCUGCUUCUCUCCAUGGGAUUGGGCAGCUCGAGCUGGAGGCUUUAUUAUUGAUCGCUUUCUCUCUGGUCUCCACCUUCAAGAAUAUUACUUUCAUUGCAUGGCUGGUCGUGAAGGGUUGGUUGACACAGCAGUGAAAACAUCUCGCAGUGGAUAUCUUCAAAGAUGCCUAAUAAAAAAUCUUGAGUGCCUAAAAAUUUGUUAUGAUCAUACCGUUCGUGAUGCUGAUGGUUCCAUUGUUCAAUUUCGCUAUGGAGAAGAUGGUGUGGAUGUCCAUCAAACAAGUUUCAUGGCAAACUUUGAAGCACUGGCAGCGAAUCAAGAAAUAAUUUUCACAAAAUGUUGUCAAGAGCUUCACAAAUCCAAUAGUUACAUUAAGGAAUUGCCUGAUGCUCUUAAAGAAAAAGCGAGGGACUUUAUGCAUAAAUUCUCCUUGAAGAAGAGAAAUCCUGAUAUUUUGAAAGAAGAGGAUUUCUUGAAGUUAAUGGAGCACAAAUACGUCUUAAGUCUUGCACAACCUGGGGAACCAGUUGGUGUGCUUGCUGGGCAGUCUGUAGGAGAGCCAUCAACACAGAUGACGUUGAAUACGUUCCAUCUUGCUGGGCGAGGUGAAAUGAAUGUGACGCUUGGAAUUCCACGUCUACAGGAAAUCUUGAUGACUGCAUCAAGUGAUAUUAAGACACCUGUGAUGACAUGCCCCUUCCAAUUAGGGAGCUCAAAGGACGAUGCCUCUCGACUUGCUGAUAAGUUGAAGAAGAUAACUGUAGCAGACAUUAUAAAGAGUAUGAAAGUAUCUGUCAUGCCAGCUGCUGUUCAUAAUCACCAGAAUUGCCGUAUUUAUAAGCUUGAGAUGAUGCUUUACGUACCUGAAAACUAUCCAAAACACACUGAUAUUUCAUUAGAAGACUGGGAGGAAAGCCUGAAGGUUGUUUUUGUGAGAGCGUUGGAGGACGCCAUACAAAAUCAUCUGCUUUUGCUUUCUAAAAUUAACGGCAUCAAAAAUUUCAUGCCAGAUUCACAAUCAGAUGCUUCAAAUGGAACAAAUGAUGAUGUACCUGGCAACACAUCAGAACGCCAGGAAGACAAUGAUGAUGACGAUGAUGUUGAUGAUGGAGGGUCUGAGGAUCUUGGUACGGAUGCACAAAAGAGAAAACAGCAAGCAACAGAUGAGAUGGAUUAUGAGGAUACUUCUGAUGAGGAACCAAAUGAAGAGGAACUAACAUCUGGCUCUGAAAGUGAAAUUGACCACGUAGAGAAUGAAAUUGAAGUUAGUAAGGAUGAUUUGAUUGGGAUGCCUGAUGCAAAAGAUAAAACAUCUGAACUAUCAGGACCUAGGAAAUCCUCUAAGAAAAAGUCUGGGGGCAAAAAGAACCAACCAGAAGUAAAAAAAAAAAAGAGUUCCAGAAGAAAACUAGUCAAAAAAGAGUAUGAUAGAGCAUGUUUUGUGAAAGCUAAGGGAAUGCACUUUGAGGUCCAUUUUCGGUUUAUCGAUGAACCUCAUAUUUUACUGGCUCAGAUUGCUCUGAAAACUGCCAAGAAGGUUUACAUCCAGAGCUUUGGUAAGAUUGAUGGGUGUAAAGUCAUUUCAUGCAAAGAAAAACAAGUGAUAUACUAUGGUGUAAAUCCCAAAGACCGGAAGAGUAUCUCAUCAGCAGAAAAAGAAAAACUUCCAGCUCUGCAAACCACCGGAGUGGAUUUCAGUACAUUGUGGCAGUUCCAGGAUGCUCUUGAUGUCAGAUAUUUAUAUUCCAAUAACAUCCAUGCAAUGCUAACCACUUAUGGAGUUGAAGCUGCCAGAGAAACUAUCAUCAGGGAAAUACAGCACGUUUUCGGCUCUUAUGGUAUUUCCGUCAAUAUGCGCCACCUAACCCUUAUUGCUGACUAUAUGACUCAUUCGGGUGGCUAUCGUCCGAUGAAUAGACUUGGGGGAAUAGCCGAGUCAAUAUCUCCUUUUUGUAAGAUGUCUUUUGAGACAGCUGCAAAAUUUAUUGUUGGAGCAUCAUAUCAUGGGGAGACAGAUGAUUUGGAGUCUCCGUCGGCUAGGAUCUGUGUUGGAUUACCGGUGAAGAUGGGUACUGGAUGUGUUGAUUUGAUGCAAAAUUUGAAAAUCUGAUGUAUAGAACUUUCUCUGUUUUAAAAUUGUUGCAAAUUUUGGUCGGAAGUAUUACAUAACUGUGCAUUGUUUAAGAUUUUCUGAGAGUUGGUUGUUGAGUAAAAUUUUUUCCAAGA